UCUUGAGUAGAUCUUUCUCAUGCUUGUUGGGUUUUGAUGAAAGCAAUCGACUUUAAGAUUAAAUUUUGUUUCUUUCCAGAUUAAUUGUCUGCAUUUCUUAACUAAUUUUCUGGGUUUUGAGUAUCCUCUAAAGACACAUACAAGAUGUGACAUACUGAAUCUGUUCUAAUACAUCUGUAUAGUAUGGUGAUAUGGUUUUGAGAGAACACUGUAUCUGUUAUGAAUUCAUUUACAUUUUUUGUUUUUAAUUAGAAAACGUUAUCUUAAAAUCUGCCAUUAUUGAUUGACUUCUUACUUUCCUUUUACAUGUGUUCACACACACAUUUAUGUGGUUUGUCUAGUUUUGUUCUCUUUAUGUGACACAUCAUAGCUCACUUGUAACUUCUUUGUUUCAUGGACUCUUACCAUUGCGUUAUCCACUCUAAUUUGAUCUUUUACCUCUCAAAAAGGAAGCUAGAAGAAGCAUUCAGAUACAAGCAGUAUGGGAACUCACGUCAAUUUCAACAACUUAGGAGGAGGUGGUGGAGGGGAAGGAAGUAACCAGAUGAAGCCAACAGAUAACGCUUAUCCCUUGGCGAGACAGUCCUCGCUUUACUCACUAACCUUUGAUGAGCUUCAGAGCACACUACUUGGUGGACCAGGAAAAGAUUUUGGGUCGAUGAACAUGGAUGAACUCCUGAAGAGCAUAUGGACUGCUGAGGAAGCUCAGGCCAUGACCAUGAAUCCAUCAUCUACUGCUACAGCUGUAGCGCAACCCGGUGGUGGUAUCCCUCUCCAGAGGCAAGGCUCGCUGACGUUGCCUAGAACGAUUAGUCAGAAGACUGUUGAUGAGGUCUGGAAAUGUUUGUUCACCAAGGACGGUAAUAUGGUAGGUAGCAGUGGAGGUGGUAGUGAGUCAAAUGCGCCUCAGAGGCAACAGACUCUAGGGGAAAUAACGCUUGAGGAGUUUCUGCUCCGCGCUGGGGUUGUCAGAGAAGAUAACAACAAUAACAAUGGGUUUUAUAGUAACAACGGAGGGUUAGGCUUUGGGUUUGGUCAGCCAAAUCAAAACAACAUUUCAUUCAAUAAUGGUACUAAUGAUUCCAUGAUCUUGAAGCAGCCACCACACCAGCAAUUUCAACAACAGUUGCAGCCAAGACAGCAGCUGAAUCAGCCACCACAUCCUCCUCCUCACCAGCGGAUGCCUCAAACCAUUUUUCCUAAACAAGCAAACGUGGCAUUUGCUGGGGCUGGGAAUAAUGCAGGCAACAAUAAUAAUAAUGGAUUGGGUAGCUUUGGAGGAGGCGGGGUCACUGUUGCAGCAACCUCUCCAGGGACAAGUAGCGCUGAAAACAAUUCUCUGUCACCGGUUCCUUACGUGCUUAACCGAGGAAGAAGAAGUAAUACUGGUCUAGAGAAAGUUAUUGAGAGGAGGCAAAGGAGAAUGAUCAAGAACCGAGAAUCAGCUGCUAGAUCAAGAGCUAGGAAGCAGGCUUAUACCUUGGAACUGGAAGCUGAGAUUGAAAAGCUCAAGAAAGUGAAUCAAGAAUUGCAGAAGAAACAGGCUGAGAUGAUGGAAAUGCAGAAGAACGAGCUGAAGGAAUCUUCGAAGCAACCGUGGGGAAGCAAAAGGCAAUGCUUGAGAAGGACACUAACCGGUCCAUGGUAAAAGCAGAAGGAAGCAACAAGAACCGAUCAAACCAGACACCAGUUUGCAUGGGACUAAUGUAAUAGGAGACAGUGCUACUUGUACAGGAGAUUAAGAGAGAUUUUAUUGAGUGGGAAUAUUAGGUUAAAGAGAGUAGAAGUUUCCAUUAUGAAUUAAAACAUAUUUUGUGCCCUGGCCUUCGUUAGUAUACUCUGUUUUGUAUUUUAUAGUCUGACUGGGUUUAUAAAAGACAUCGAUGUUUAUGUAUAUCUUGACAACUAAACCAAUAUUGACUCU